UAUACACACGAUGGAGUAUUAUGCAGCCAUAAAAGGAUGACAUUGUGUCAUUUGAGACAAUGUGGAUGGACCUUAAGGGUAUUAUGCUAAGUGAAAUAAGUGAGACAUAAAAAGACAAAUACCAUAUUAUUUCACUUAUGAGUGGAAUGUAAAAAAAAUGAAUAAACAAAAAGCAGAAUCAGAUCUAUAAAUAUAGAGAACAAACUGUGGUUGCCAGAAGGAAGAGGAGUAGCAUGUUGGGCAAAACAAGUAAGGGAGAGGGAGAUACAGGCUUUCAGUUAUGGAAUGAAUAAGUCAUGGAAAUAAAAGGCACGGUAUAAGGAAUCCAGUCAGUGAUACUGUUAAUAGCAGUGUAAGGUGGCAGAUGUAGCUACACUUGAGGUGAACAGAGCAUAAUGUGCAAACCUGACAAAUCACUAAGUCGAUCAUUGAAACUGCAAUAUUGUGUGUCAACUAUACUCAAAUAAAUAAAUAAAAGUUCAGUCUUUGCUCUUCUCUGCCAUUGUGGUGUGUGUGGCUGACCGUUUCUCGCCAUGCCUUCUCACAAGUCUUUCAGGAUCAAGCGAUUCCUGGCCAAGAAACAAAAGCAGAAUCGUCCCAUUACGCGGUGGAUUCAGAUGAAAAUUGGUAAUAAAAUCCGAUACAACUCCAAGAGGCGGCUUUGGAGAAGAACGAAGCUGGGUCUGUAAGGGAUCGAACAUGAGAUGGCACACGUUUAUGCUGCCUGAAAGUUAUGUUUCUACACCAUCACAUCCUUACUGCCUGACCAGUAGAUCUGUUUUAUCAGGAAAUUGACUUUUCUCUGUUAUGAUGUUUCAGCACCUAUAGGUUGGUUCAGUAAUAAACAUGUGAGACCUCUUGGUUGA